CCUCCUUGUCAGCGAUCAAAUCAACACGAAAAAGUCAAAACAAUUUUUUUAUUGAAAUUUCGUGAAGCAUCGCUUAAAUUUAAUUGAAAUUAGCUAUAAUUACGUUUAAAAUUGUUUAAACAAACUAGUUACAAAACUUUAUAAUUACGUUGGUAAAGAGCCAAAGUCGAACUUGCUCUAAUUGUAUCAUCUAUUAUAGCAAACAUAACCUCUGAGACUAUGUCGGAUAAACAGAAAACAUUACUUUGUGGUGAUGUCAACGGAAACUUCAAUACUUUAUUUUCAAGAGUAGAGUCCAUUCAGAAGAAGUCUGGUGCCUUCGAUGUAUUGCUCUGUUUGGGUAAUUUUUUUGGCGAUGACAAUUCGCAGUUGGAUGCAUAUAAACUUGGCUCCAGAAAAGUUCCUAUCCCAACCUACGUGUUUGGGCCUACAACCAGUGAACAUGUUCCACUGUACUGUGAAGAGGGCUCUGAAAUUGUACCCAAUGUUGUUUAUAUGGGUAAAAGAGGGCUGUUCACAACUAGUUCAGACGUGAAGAUUGCAUACCUGACUGGUCUAUCUAGAAGAGAACUCGGCAAGGAUAUCCCAAUGUGUACAUUUGAGCCGAGUGACUGCAGUGCUGUCCGAGAUGCCUGCUUCAGAGGCCAGAGUGAGUACCGCGGUGUGGAUAUACUGAUCACGUCAUUGUGGCCAAAUGGGAUUCAGCAAGAUGAGAAUCAAAAGGUUGAAGUGGACCAAGGGAAGCUCUCUGACCUAAUCGCCUGGUUGUCCAUACAUAUAAAGCCCAGGUACCACCUGGUUCCUGCUCCAGAGAAAUACUUUGAAAGGCAACCUUACAGGAAUCUCAGCAUACAUCAAGACUUCAGGGAAUGUGCGACUCGGUUCCUAGCACUAGCACCAGUCGGGAACAAAGCUAAGGAGAAGUGGAUAUACGCGUGCUCCCUACAGCCAAUAUCCAAGAUGAGGGUCACUGACCUGCUGCAAGGUACUACGGAUGAGACGCCGUGUCCAUACAGCGCGGACUUGCUACAGCAACACCAGCCCGGGAAAGUUGUGAAGGUGAGUGGCAAUGGGCAGUUCUUCUUCAACAUGGACGCGGAGGACGACGGCGGCAAGCGGAAACGGAAGGGCGGCGAGAACUCAGAACGAAAGAAAAUCGAUUUCUCUCCAGAUCAAUGCUGGUUCUGUCUGUCGUCGCCCACAGUGGAGAAGCACCUGGUGAUCAGCGUGGGUACGCACUGCUACCUGGCGCUGCCGAAGGGGCCUCUGACACCCUUCCACGUACUCAUACUGCCCAUUGCGCACCACCAGUCUAUUACUAAGUCGCCAGACGAAGUGAUAAAAGAGAUCAAGAAGUACAAAGAAGCCCUGUUGAAGUUCUACAUGUCGAUGGGCAAGCUGGCCGUGUUCUUCGAGCGCAACUACAAGACGUCGCACAUGCAGAUACAGUGCGUGCCCGUGCCGCAAGCUAGUGCCAGCCAGAUACUGGAAUUGUUUCAGGACGAGGCCGGCAUCAACAGCAUCCAGCUAGAAGUGCUGCCCCCGUACGCGGACGUGGCGCAGGCGGCGCUGCCGGGCGCGCCGUACUUCCACGCCGAGCUGCCCACCGGCGACCAGCUGUUCGCGCGCGCGCGGGCCAACUUCCCGCUGCAGUUCGGCAGAGACGUUCUAUCGAGCCCUCCCAUCCUCGACUGCGAAGACAAGGCGGACUGGCGGCAGUGCCUGCUCAGCCGAGAGGACGAGGACCUCCACGUGGCCAAGUUCAGACAGAAGUUCAAGCCCUUCGACUUCGCCGUAGAAGAGGACAGCGAUAGCGAUUAGAAAGAGUGCGAGCGAGUGAGUAUGACAG